GCAACUCAACACCGCUGCAGCCUCCGGACGGGGGCGCACUCAGCCCUGAAGCGCAGGCUGGUGCCAAGUUUACUGACGGCCUGCAGCAGGUGCAUGUGCUCAGAAUAAAUCGGACUGAUCCAAAUGCCCGAGACCGUGUCGCGACAUUCAAGUUUCUGUUACCGAUAAAGUCAAGUGCGUCACUGAACAGCUUUACUGGAACCAUUUACUUAUUUCAAAUUUGUUUGGCACUUUAUAAGUGAGGCAACUCCGCGUUGGCAGGAGAGGAAGAAAGUUGUAAUCCAGCCAACUCUCAAAUAAGCAAAAAAUACUGCUUUGUUUUUGCCUUCCCCUCUGGUUGUUUUCUUUUGAGGUUACAUUAUGGGACAGCAAGGCUCCAAAUCCUCCAUGGAAGCGAGAGUGAUUUUCCACCGCGUUGGCGAAGCGGACAUGUAUCACAGAACCGACUCUGUAGUUCACAUCCAGAAGAAGGUGACCGGCCAGUCGGUCUCUCCUCGCUCCGCCGCCCGGGCACUGGAGAAGUCAACACCUCAUCCUUGGCCCCUGCAGAGCCGCUGUGACGCCGCGGGCCUGGUGUACGUGAUGGAUAACCCAACCGGCGGCGUGUGGGUCAAGCCGGGACAGAACUGGACCCGAUCUUGAUGGAAAGAUUUUUUUAAAUGAAGUGGAAUUAAAAGGAAUUCAUGGAUGGGGUAAAGUCAAGCACCCCCGUGGUUGGAUGCACCGUGUGCGUCAUUCAGCUUUGGCGAACAGUGGGAUGCGGAUGACUUCAGUUCCUGUGACUUCAGUUCCUGUGCUGUUGCGCCUCCACGAGUUGAGGUGGAUUUAAAUCGUCUCUGCGACAUGGAAGAGUUGUUGGACUGAUCACUGAGAAUCCCUGAUUUAGUCUGAUGGCUCAUUGUUGGACUGGAAGAUGACGAGGAGAGGCACCGUGCGUCAUGCGUCAUGCCUUGUUUGAAACAUGCGUUAAUAGGAGUGAAAACACAGUGUAUUUUCAGAUUUAUGUGGAGGAGAUCAAAUAAAAGAUGUGGAGUUGGUAUCGGCAGAUGUUUAGGCCCAUACCUCUGAGUGUAUCGAGCAAACCAAUCUGCUAUGUUAACCAACCAGUGGUUUGUAAACAAUCCACUUUGAUGACUGGGGGAAAACCGCAGCUUUCCACUGGCUGAACAACCUUUAUUUAUUUUUCAUUUACCGUCUUAUUUGACGUAACCUUCGUUUGUACGAUUAAUUUUAUACUGGGAUUUUUUUAUUUGUAAUACAUUUGAACAGAUUUUUGGAAUAAUGAUGCUAGUUUGAAUGUCAUAGCCUGGGGUCAGAUCAAGUUAGGACGUCAUGUUUGAAUGCGUUUCAGUAACUCGAGCCUGUCAUAACAGCAGUUGUCUAUGGCUCAAUUUGUUUGUGAGAAAGCUUAAGAAUGCUUUGGAGGAAGAGGUGGUGAGUCUGAGGAUUGACAGCCAUCUCUCAGGGGGAUCUGAGGACGAGUGUUUGUUUGUUGAAAUGAACUUUUAAAGACUUUAAACCUCACUUAAUUCAUUUAUUUAUUUAUUUUAGAGACCAGCACAACUUCUCUUAAGCUGCGUUUCUGUCUUUGUGGGGGAAGUCAUUGUUCAUAACUGUUACUGUGUAUCGUUUUCACCUGUCACUCACACUGAUCCUGAAAAUUAAAAUCAUGGAACUGAUAUUUGAAGCGACUAAUGACUCUAUCUCAUAAUUGUGCACCUUGGUCCACAGAAAAAAAAGAAAAGAACAUAUUUAACAUUUAUUCAUUUUCAUUUAGAAAUAUUUUUGAUGCGGUGGUUUUAUUUCAUUACAACAUUUGGUUUACAGCUAAUCAUAUCCAAUCCAAAUAAUUGUGUUUAUAUACAGUAAUUUCAAUGUGCUUUUAGUAGCAGAAUAUUUAGACUAUCUCAGGCAAAUGUCAAACAUUUUAUAACCCCUGCAUCGAGAACACUGUACAAUAACAUGUUGGUUUUACAGUGGCAAUAAAAGCACAUAAAAUCCAAGAAUAUACUCAGGUGUAAACUUUGCCCUCUGGUGUGUUACCUUAUCUCUGCUCACCGAGUUAUGAGCAGUGUGGAGUUAAUAGCUCAUCUAUUAAACUCCGGGCAACGCACUAAGCAAACAUUGCGUCAAAGGAGAACUGUGAAGGGGAAGAUGUGACUGUCCCACUCCAAUUGAUUGUCUUCACCUCUCCACGUCGCCAUGGGUCUUCGAGGCUCCAAGCUACCCGAGGUCCAAGUUCUCCUGCUGGGCCUGGACAACGCUGGGAAAUCGACGCUCCUCUACAAACUGAAGCACAACGCGUGUGUCAGCACCGUCCCCACUAUCGGCUUCAACGUGGAAAUGAUGGAGGUGAGAAAGAGUGGGAAGAACAUCGCCCUGAUCCUGUGGGAUGUCGGUGGUCAGGGGAAGAUGCGGGAGUACUGGAGGAGUUUCCACCAGGACGCAGGGGCCGUGGUGUUCGUCGUGGACAGCUCGGACAGGACGCGUCUGGAGGAGGCGCGCAGGGAGCUGGACAAGACGCUGAGGAGCGAGCAGCUGGCGGGACGUCCGCUUAUUCUGUUCGCUAACAAACAGGACGUGAACGGAGCUCUGACCGUCACGGAAAUCAAGGACAGGUUCAACCUGGGGAAGCUGUGUCACGGGCGGGACUGGUUCGUCCAGCCUUGCUCUGCGUCGACGGGAGUUGGAGUCGAAGAGGCUUUCAGACGAGUGGUCCAACUGGUCAAACUCCCAUCAGACCCCGGGGCGAUGAAAGACAAUAUCAAGGAUACAGUGCACUACCUCAGAGCAAGCAGCAGACAUUAAGUUUUAUUUAUUUAAAUGUGUUAAUGUUGUUUUACAUUGAAACUCCUUUAUGUCAAAGGCAAAUGAUAUUUAAAGAGAUUUGACAUUUUGCUUCAGUCUGUAAAUAAGAAUAAUCGCCAGCCAAUAAACUAAACAAAGAUGAAGUAAUAAAUAACAGUAACAAGUUUAACUAUAGACUUUUGCAAUAAACAGUGAGUAAAAUAAAAGGCUAUGAUUAUGGUAUCAUGGACACCACAUGAUAUAUCAAAACAACUGUCGAGUACCACAGACAAGGAGAUGUUUUCACUGGUGUGUGCAUAUCUUCUUUCAAUAAUUAAACAGAGUUCGAUUAUCCCACGUUGCCUCCUGCAAGUACAUGAAACUGAGUUCACAGUAGGUAUCUCACUCUUCAGUUCAGGCCUAUAUUGAACAAAGAUA